UUUCUCAACCGUCAAACGAAACGGAGGGUCGCGCGCGAUUUUUUAGUUUUUUCCGUCUAUCCGUCAACGGAAAAAUGGAAAAUAAAAUGUAGUUGAAACUUAAGAGUCAAAUAUUACAUCAAGACACUCGUACGUGGAAUACAAAAUUGUAUUUAAUAAAAUACGUAAUAUUUUUAACAACGAAAUUAUGAAAAUUUACAUUAGAAAAUAAGUUAAAGUGACCGACUUGCAACGAAAAGUUAUAAAGCUUAGUUUAGUUCAAGAAUUUACAGCAACAAUAACGAUUACAAAUACAACAAACGAGAGAAAAAACAAUGUGCAAAAACACAAACAAGUUUGUAUGAUCGUUGGAGUUUUGUUGGUUGAAAUACGAAAGAAGCCCAGCCAUUAACAACAUGGCCAGCAGCAAGACAAACGAAGAAAACAAAAAGUAGAAAAAUGUUAACAAAUACAAAUUGAAAAAGUUAUUAAAAGGCCAUAAACGAGUGUUGUUCUUUGUAAAAUGAAUAUAAAAUCAAAAUUUAAUGAUUGUGAUGCAAUGCAAAAUAGUUGCUGCUAACUUCUUUUUGGCCCAGUGUAGAUGAUUAAGGUAUUAAGGUGUUGUGUGGAAUACCUCUUGGAAAAAAAUAAAUAAAAUAACAAUAAGUGUGCUUAUUUCUAAUAAAAUGGUAUGAUUCAUAGCAAUUACCAUACAAUAAAGUAACUUCAAUUCGAAACAAAUUCCAUCAAGUGUUAGUUUUACCUGAUACCAAAAACAAAAAAAAAACGCCAAGAAAUUCUUAAAAGAUUAAAGAGGAUCAUCAUAAUCAUCUUGUUGAUUAUUAAACAAAAUUACCUUUUCUCUCUCCCAUUAAAUAAUAUGGUGAUCUCUUUCUGACAAGUGCGUGUGUGAGUUGUUUAACUUAAAAAUCUUCUUUUGGUCUUCAUACUCUCCAGCCCAAGAAGAGAUAACCACAAGUGUCCUUUAAGAAACACACAAAAAAAACGAAAAUAAAAACAACGCUCUAACGACCGACCGCGGCCUCGGCCAAGCAUUUUACCAACAACAAAGCAAUACAAACAACAACGCAGCAGCUAAGACCUAUCCGCAUUCUUUUGCUGGGGUUUUUGUAAAGAGCAACUAACAUCCCUGUGUUAUUAGUGUGUCAACGGAAAACAGUAACAAGAACAACAACAGCAAAAUACUACUGCAACAUACGAGUGAGGCAUACGAGAACUGUUAACAAUGCAGCUGGCGUUUAUACAGAAUACAAGCAACAACAACUACAACAAAGUCGCGUUUUUCCUCCCUCUGUGUUUUGUUUUGAGCAAUUGUAAGCAGCACCGGUGUGACGGGCCACUAGUGAAGUGUGAGUGAGUGAGUUAUGAAAAAACAACAACAACAACGCACGAGACGACACAAAACGAAAUUCCCGAUAACUACAGCACAUAUAGUCUCUCACACAAACUAAACAAAAUAAUUAUAGUAAGAAAAUUACGCUAAAAACGUAUACAAAACAUAGUAAAAACGCCAAAAAACACAAAAAGAAUAAAAUAAUUUAAAAUACCGCAGUAGCAACAAACGUGUUAAUAAUAACAAUAAAUCGAACGAACAAGUGUUUUGAGAGAGUGAUCAUUCCAUUUUUUCUAAAGAGAGAUUUCCAAGGCAUUAGCAAUAAGAAUUUUUCAUCAUGAAAGUCACCGUGUGUUUUGGCGACACUCGCAUCCUGGUGCCCUGUGGCGAUGGCAAUCUAUUGGUCAAGGAAUUAAUUCAUGAGGCAACAAGGCGUUAUAAAAAAGCAGCUGGAAAGGAUCCCGAUGCCUGGGUUUCAGUGCAUCAUUUACAAACACAAUGCGGCAUAUUGGAUCCCGACGACUGUGUACGCGAUGUAGCCGAUGAUCGUGAAUAUAUACAUGCCAGCUUUGAAGAUUCUGGACCGGAUCCAGGUGUACCACAGGGUGGUGGCGAUGGUGCCUCGGGCAGUUCUUCGGUGGGCACAGGAUCGCCGGAUAUCUUUCGGGAUCCCACCAAUACAGAUGCACCCACAAAUGGUGGUCACAUAGAUAAUUCGACACCUCAUAUUGAGGUGACAAGUACCACUUCGUGUCCUAUGACUGGCUUGGGCCUACAAGUGAGGCGCAGCAGUGAUCCCAAUAUACUGGCCUCCCUUAAGGCGGCAGAAAAUGGCAAUAAACGUUGGUCAGCAGCAGCACCCCAUUGUGGCGGGGAUUCUCCCGAGCGAAUACUAAUGGAGAAAUCCGGUUACUUACCACCCCAAUGGGAGGAAGAGGAUGAUGGGCAUCAUCAGGCCCAACAAGUGCCCCAGCAACAGCCUUUUGCCCGUUCCGGCCGUUUAUCUAUGCAAUUUUUGGGUGAUGGCACCGGCUACAAAUGGAUAGAGGCUGCCGAGAAAUUGCAACAAAAUUCACACCAUCAUCCACAGCAAACGCCGCAACACCAACAACACUCCCAGUCUCCGCAGGCACAAACGAAUUUCUUCACCAGCAAAUCCCUGCCCCGAGAGAGCACACGCAAGGAACCCUUGGGCCAGGCGUAUGAAUCCAUACGUGAAAAGGAUGGCGAAAUGCUCUUACUCAUCAAUGAGUAUGGCAGUCCUUUGGGCCUGACGGCCAUACCCGACAAUGAACAUGGUGGAGGUUUGCUUGUGCAACAUGUUGAGCCUGGCAGUCGCGCUGAGCGUGGCCGUUUGCGCAAGGGGGAUCGUAUACUGGAAAUCAAUGGCACUAAACUCAUAGGUCUAACCGAGCUUAAAGUUCAGGAGUAUUUGCGCAAAGCUUUGGAAGCUUCGGAACUUAGGGUGCGUGUAAUACGAGGCAAUGCCUCCUCGAAAGAAGCCAAAUAUCGUCGACGCGACUCCAAGGUGGCAGAAAUGAUAGAGGCCGAAGAGAAAAUGGCCACCGGCCUGGAGAGUAAGGUGGCCACAGUGUCGCCUACAAGAAAACCAAAUACAGCACCAGUGGGUGCCUCACUGCAAGUGGCCAAUACCCGAAAAUUGGGUAGAAAAAUUGAAAUUAUUCUUAAGAAGGGCCAAAAUGGUCUGGGAUUUACCAUAACCACACGCGAUAACCCGGCCGGGGGACAUUGUCCCAUUUACAUUAAAAAUAUUUUGCCUCGAGGAGCAGCAAUUGAAGAUGGUAGACUAAGACCUGGCGAUCGUUUGUUGGAAGUCGAUGGUAUACUGAUGACUGGAAAAACACAAACCGAUGUGGUGUCCAUAUUGAGAGCUACACAACCAGGAGCAACUGUUAGACUGAUGGUAUCCAGGCAACAUGAUUUGGCAGAGCCAGAGGAAAGGGAGAUUAAUUUUGAAAACAAGGAAAAUGAGUUUGAUUCUCCCCCCAAACCCCCAGCCCCAGUUCUACCAGCCUCCAUGCAAACCCCUCAACAUGAGGUCAAGAAAUCCCAAAGUGCCCGUUCCCUAUUCGAGCAACAUCAACAGCAGCAACAUCAUAAUCUCAAUGAAUCCCAACAUUUCAUUGAUGCCGGCAGUGAAUCGGCAGCUUCAAGUGAUAGCUUACAAGCUGGUGUUGCCUGGCGUUCCCGCGAAAUGCUUACCUUCCACAUACCCGUUCAUGAUACCGAAAAGGCUGGCCUUGGUGUUAGUGUCAAAGGCAAGACAAGUUCCAAUUUGACGGGCUCCUCAAAUGGCAGUUCCAAUGGAUCAAUGAAAAACGAUGGUGACUUGGGUAUUUUUGUAAAAAGUGUCAUACAUGGUGGUGCUGCAUCACGUGAUGGCCGUUUACGCAUGAAUGACCAACUGGUUAGCAUUAAUGGUGUUAGCCUACUUGGCCAGAGUAAUGCCGAGGCCAUGGAUACACUGAAACGUGCCAUUGUCAAUAAUCCGGGUAAACAUCCGGGAAUGAUUACCCUACAGGUUGCUCGAAAAAUAACUCGUUCCUCCAGUUCGGGUGAUAUACUGGAGCAUACCAACGAAAGCUCGAGUACCAGUGAGAAUAGUGGAGCCACUGUCAUCUAUUUGAGCCCGGAGAAGAGAAAUAGUGACAUCAAUCGUCAUAAUAAUGGUGCUUCGGCAACAAACGAUAUGAAUAGAUGGAGCAACCCCGUUUUAGAUCGCCUAACUGGUGGUGCUUGCUCUGGAAAUUCUACACAAAAAAGCCGUUCAAAUGCUGCUGGCCCCUCGGCUGUCACUGUCUUGAGUAGCAGUGGCAAAACUCCUGGAGGUGGUGGUGGUGCCAAUAGUGGUGUUCAUGCUCUACGCAAUGAGAGCUAUUAUAUGGCCACAAAUGAUACUUGGUCACCAGCCAUGCAUCACACACAGAAGCAUAUCAAUAAUUCGGUAUUGAUAGAACAUGAUCCGGAACCCAUAUCACCCACGUUACCCCAUCGCCCUAACGAAUCUUUAGCCUCCACCAUUACCAACAACACUUCGGGCUCAAAUGCCACCCCUCAACCAGGUGGUGGGCCGCAAAACUUUGAUGCCACCUAUUCAUCACAGCUAAGUCUCGAAACAAAUUCUGGAGUCGAACACUUUAGCCGUGAUGCCUUAGGUCGACGUUCCAUAUCGGAAAAACAUCAUGCGGCCCUGGAUGCCCGAGAAACGGGCACCUAUCAACGUAAUAAGAAAUUGCGUGAGGAACGAGAACGAAGAGUGGCUCAAACCAAAUCGGCUGUUUAUGGUUCUAUGGAAUCAUUAACAGCAAGAAUUGCUGAGGCCAAUGCCCGCAUACCAGGCUAUAAACAUGCCAAAACCAAUUCGGGCAUAGAACAGCAACAUAUGCAGGCGGAGUCUAGGGAUCAAGUGGGUGAUUUGGGACCAUCGCUGGGUCUGAAGAAAUCCUCAUCGCUGGAAUCUCUGCAGACCAUGGUGCAAGAGAUACAAAUGUCCGAUGAGCCUAGAGGAGGUCCCACCACCUUACGGGCCCCACGUGGUCGAGGGCGUGAAGAGAGUCUGAGGGCAGCGGUAUCCAGUGAUCAUGAUGUUAAGAAAGCCCGUCAAACUUGGCUUUUGGAAGAUGGCGACCCCUCUGAAGGUGGCUUUAAUCAACGCAAUGGUCCCUGCCAAUCAUCCCUUAAUGAUGGCAAACAAAAGUCCCGCGCCAAGAAGCCUGGCAUUUUGCGAGGCAUUGGCUAUAUGUUUCGUUUUGGCAAAAAUCGCAAAGAUGGUGUAGCGCCUGUGGAAAAUCAUCCUCCCGUGACCAAUAAUGCAGCAAAUGAAAGAACACCUGCCAAUAAUCAAAUACCAUCAGCUGCCUUGGCGGCUAUGGAGCGCAAUGCCAAAUUGGCACCACCAGCCUACCAACCUCCGCCGCCAUUGCCACCAGCCAAUGCCAAUGGCACAGGUGGGGCGCAUAGUGAUGCUAUGGCAGCUGCCAUGGCUGCUGGUAUCCAUCAAAACGAUAUCUUUAAUCAUCGCUAUCAACACUAUUCGAAUUAUGAAGAGUUACACAAUCAUCAUCAACAAAUUAGCGAUGAUAACUGCUCAAAUAGUGAUGUUUUAUCGGAAUCAACCUUAGAAUGCAUGCGACAACAAGUGCUUUGGCAACGUCUUAAAGUCGAAGCGGAAAGUCGACGUCAUCAACAUUAUCACUCUCAACGCAGCGCGCGCUCGCAGGACAUCAAUAUGCAACAAUAUGCGCAUAGCAAUCAUAAUCACAACCACCCCAUGAAUCACCAUGCCAGCAAUAAUGGCAAGACACCCAGUUUGCGUUCUUCAAAUCCCAACUAUUACGAUUAUGAGACGGCACAACAUAAUUUAAGUCAAACAUCGACGGCGAAUGGCAAUACAUCACUCAAUGGUAGUUUUCAACAUCGCACGGGAAGCAUAAAACAACAUAAUAAUGGUCAUAUAACGGUCAAUGCUGCGCAGCAACAACAUUCCCAACACUCGCCGGCUCCAUCCAAUGGUACACAGGCGCAGGCUCAUUGGAAGACAGCAGCCAUGAAUGGCUUUUCGCCGGCCUCCCUCAACAGCAGUGCUCGCUCGCGAGGCCCCUUUGUGACCCAUGUGACUUUGGGCCCCUCAUCGAAUAGCAAUAACAUAGCUGCCGGGCAGCAACAGCCAACAUAUCAAACGGUUCAAAAGCAUCAUCAUAAUCUGCAGCAUCAACAGCAGCAACAGCAGCAGCAGCAACAACAUGGCCAUAGCUCCCAAUAUGCAAGUGUGGGCGGUGGCCUGGCUGGUCCCCAGCAGCACACAACGGCCACCGCAUCAAAAGUGUGACUAUAGGCAAACGUUCUUCGCCAGUGUCUGGGCGAAGACGUUGUGGUACGUGGUAUAAGCAGCAAAACGAAAAUAACAACCUCUACUUCAUCAACGAGCAAAAGUAAAAUGAAAACAGCAAUUCCUUGUACCUCAGCAGAGGCAGCAGCAUUAGCGGUGGGGGGAUGUGCUGGAGCAAAAGGUAGGGAGAACACUGAACAAGUUGAGAAAAAAGAACAAUUCAAGGAUUUGCCUGGAGGCCAAACAACGCCCAUAACGUCUAGAGAGGGAAACGGUGACGAUGACGAAGAGGAUGAGGAUAUAGUGGAAAUUUUCUAUUUUGCCACCGAAUGUUGAAAACUUUGUAUAACACUCUCUCACCUUAUUCUCUCUCGCUCUCUCUCUCUCUCACACUCUCUGAGUCUCGUAUGAGAACAACGAAACCCCUAAGGGAGGUAUGGGUAAAAGGAUCAAAUGUUUAAGUUAAAAAUGUUUUGUGGUGAGAUUGUUUUAUUUUCUUAAUUAU